UGACAAAAGCGCACAACUCUGGAACCUUCGCCUCGCGCCUCGAAAAGUCGUGCGCGCAGCGACAUGCACUGUGAAUCAAAUUGAUUCUGACAACCCGGAACGGUCGCUCUCGUAAUACGGGUCAGUCAGAAGAGGAGAAGAGAUCAAGAGGUGGACAUGGAUGACACCCUCACCACCGCGGCUGUGGUUGGAGCUCAAUGGGAAGACACGAACGACGAGCAGGAAUUUGAUGACAACGUCGAAGAGCACCGGCCCUUGCACGAAUCGCUCCUCCACCAAGCCGUCGCAGCUAAGAGCGAUCACAAACUCGAGAACGCCGGCCGAGACUUAGAUACCGCUUCUAUUGUCGCUCACGUCGAGGGCCCCGGCCCCUCAGUCAGAGCUCCAACGACAAGUCUCGACAAAUACGUCUGCAAGGCCGAAGCGCGAUGCGGCCUCCCCCAGCGCAGCACAGCUAAGAUCUUCAACCAUGCUCCCAAUGUGGAGAUUCCCAAGCUGGAGAAAUUCCGCUCCAACCGCAUUCUAGUCUACGCGGGAUGCUUCAAUCCGCCACACCGCGGCCAUCUCGAGCUACUAUACCACACAUACCUCCGCACAGACGACAAGACCAUCGCCGCUAUGAUCUUGCCAAUGGCCGAUGACCGCUGCGAGGGCAAGGCCCACACCGAAACUUUCACUUUCACAAAAGAGCAGCGGGCGCAGCUGUGGUACGACGAGGUGCUUAUGCGCUUCGCCUGGGUCUUCCCAGGCACGCAUAGAGACGUCAAGAAGUUCAUGUACUCGAUGAAAGAAUUCGCGAAGGAGGACGGAUUCAGGCUCAGCUUCACGGCACUGUGUGGCGCGGAUCACGCGCGCUUGGACGGCAUGCUAGGACGGAGCUGGGGCACGGGAAGCGUGAUCACGAGCGAUAUUACAAGACCUUCGGAGCUGAUGGUUGCUGGGUACGCCAAGCCGUGCCCCGUGCUGGGAUGCGAGGAGUGGUACGAGAUAUGGUCUGCCAGGGGCGUGCACCCGAUCGAAGGAGUGGCGGCUUCUUGUCCUUGUUGGGCCUGUUGGAAACUAUCGAGAGUGUGUCCGGAACUUUGGAGCAAGGGCACAAAAAGUCAUAGAUGUAGAAUGCUUCGGAAGCGAUGCACGCACCAUUUUGCAUAGAUGCCAUCAAGCUGGAAGCAGCAUUUGGAUGGCAAGCCGGGAGGGAGGAGGAAUUCUCUGGUUUCUGCCCAGCGGACGACAAUACCCAAUUGACAAUACUCGCACUCAGAUAAGCUC